AUGAACGUGCAGCAGUUCCAUGUCAGCGGGCAGUUUUAUUAUGCCGGUGUGGCGUGGAUGAUCGCGGCGGUUGCCGGCUACCAGUACAUGGACGAGGUCAUCCUGGUUUUGAAGAACAUUUCGGGGUGGGUUAUUGAGGCUUCCGGUCAAACUAUACGGCUCGAAGAGGAGAUUGUGGUGGAGGUGAAGGGAGGGAGAAAUGGCUGGUCGGUUACGUUCAAGUGGGUUCAGAGAUGA